AUCGCCAUGUCAGCGUCCAACACCAACCCUCGCAUUAAGCGACUGGAUGAAGUCACUGUAAAUCGGAUCGCAGCUGGAGAGAUUAUUCAUCGUCCAGCCAAUGCACUCAAGGAGCUUCUUGAAAACUCUCUUGAUGCAGGAUCCACCGCCAUUCAAAUCAUACUUAAAGAAGGUGGGCUCAAGCUUCUGCAGAUCCAAGACAAUGGUCAUGGUAUCAACAAGGACGACCUGUCCAUUGUAUGUGAACGAUUCACUACUUCAAAACUGUCCAAAUAUGAAGAUUUGAAUAAAAUUGCUACGUAUGGGUUUCGAGGAGAAGCAUUGGCGAGUAUUAGUCAUAUUGCUCAUUUGAGUAUUACCACCAGGACUGUAGAUUCGUUUUGCUCUUGGAGAGCAUGCUAUUCAGAUGGGAAACUUGUUUCUGCUAAACCAGGCGGAUCUGUUGAUCCUAAACCAUGUGCUGGAAAUGUUGGUACUUUAAUAUCUGCGGAAGAUUUAUUCCAUAAUGUGCCCAUUCGACGCAAAUCACUCAACAACACAAAUGAAGAGUAUAAUCGAGUGCUGGAAGUUGUUCAGCGCUAUGCUAUUCAUAAUAACAAUGUCAGCUUUACAUGUAAAAAGCAAAAUGCCCAAAUAUCAGACUUGCAAACUCCAUCAAGUGCAUCUAAACUGGACAACAUUCGUACUGUCUUUGGAAAUACAGUUGCUCGCGAAUUGUUGGAAUUUACAGUAGAUUCGGCUAGAUGGGAAUUCAAAGCUUCAGGAUAUAUCUCGAAUGCCAACUUUAACAUGAAAAAGUUUCAUUUGCUACUAUUUAUCAAUCAUCGACUGGUUGAAAAUCACAAUAUCAAAAAGUCGCUUGAAGCACUCUACUCCAAAUAUCUCCCAAAGCGUACACAUCCAUUUGCCUAUAUCAGCUUGGAAAUUAAACCUCAAAAUUUAGACGUGAAUGUGCAUCCAACCAAGCGGAUUGUUCAAUUUUUGCAUGAAGAUAGUAUUAUUGAAGUGCUAUGUGAUGCUGCUGAUUCACUUUUAGCCGAAGCGAAUAAUUCACGUGUAUAUUAUAUGCAAGCAAAAUCAAAGCGUCCACCAGAGCACAAGUUUGUUCGAACAGACAAUCGCGUACGUACACUUGACGAGUAUAUUCAACAUACCCCAUCUGGCAGUACAGACAAAGUGGAUAGAACACGUACGGAUGCUGCUGGAAAUGAUGAGACUGAUAUGUCCAUCACUAGCCAAAAAGAAGUACCAAUACCUGAUCGUCAAUUUGUUGAUGUACGGCUUACCAGUGUUUUAGAACUUCGGAAUGAGGUUAUUGAAACAGAGCACAAAUCUGUGACAGAGUUGUUUCACGAACAUACAUUUGUUGGAUGUGUAAAUGAUACAUUGGCUCUUAUCCAACAUCACACUAAACUUCGCGAGCUUUUUUAUCAACUUGUUCUUCGAGGCUUUUCAAACUUUGGAUCAAUCCACCUUGAUACUCCACUAUCGCUUACUGAGCUUGCGCUGAUAGCUUUGGAUGAAGGAGACUGCUGGGACGAUUCGAUGCUUUCUAAAUCUGAUAUUGCUGCCAAUGUUGCCGAUACACUUUGUUUACAACGCGAGAUGCUUCAAGAAUACUUUUCCAUUGGCAUUAGCUUGGAUGGGUGUUUGGUGUCACUUCCAGUACUAAUGCGUGGUGAAUAUUUGCCAAAUUUAGAUUAUCUCCCCGAGUUCAUUUUGCGCUUGGGUGGGCAUGUGUCAUGGGAUGCAGAAAAAGCAUGUUUCAAAUCCAUUGCAGAAGAAAUAUCGGUGUUUUACAGUGUAAAAGCUCCUUUUGUAGAUCAACAGGCUGAUCAUUCUAAAAAUUCACAUAUGGUGCAACAUCGACACAUGAUUGAGCAUGUGCUGUUUCCAGCAAUUAAACGAUACUUGAUUGGUACAAAACGGUUUCUGAACGAAAAACUUUUAUCCCAAAUCGCCGAUUUGCCUGACCUGUAUCGUAUUUUUGAGCGAUGCUGAUUUCAUUUCAAACUUAAUAUUAUGUAUUACAUCGAUU